GAUGUGACGUCUUUUGAAAUGUACUGUAUGAGUAAAUCUACGCGACAUAAAUCAACAUCAAUGUAACAAAUUAACGCCAGUUUUUCAUGCGUCUCUCCUGCUACUCAUGACAACGUCAUAACAUUGUCAACGUAGCUGCUGUGAUCCACGAGGCUUUGACGGGCCGAGCCGCAGGCGAGGUUCACCAGCGGACCAUACCCCCUGCUUCGUUGAUAUUUUUUGCUCUCACUUCAAUUUGCACGCGGCCAGAAUGCGGAAAAAGUUUUUGGUGUGGAACACUUGCUAUGCAGGCUAAUACCAUACAGGAAAGUUUUCAUUGUCACGAAUCACGCCCACUCUUCUUUCUGACCGUACCCCUUUAACUCAGAAUUGGUCUUUCUGAGCCAUUACAAUAAGCUUAUUCGGCCUUCUUUUUGGAAACAGGUCAUCCACGGACAAUGAAAAGUCAAGAAAGGCAAAAUAACGAAAUUUCGUGACAAAUUUUUCGUGACAGCAACAUUAGCAGACUUAGCACAUUUUAAACCUGGGAAUUUUUGGUCAAUUUAUAUGAAGGAGUCGAUGAUCGCCGCCGGCCGGUUUGUGCAGUGCAGGCGCGUACAGCUCGAACGUGGCAAAAACUCGAUAAUAUAUUUUGUGUUACGUCCUUAUUUAUGUGAAGGUUACAUGCGAUAAAGAACUCUUCAACAACCAGGAAGAUGAUGGACGAUGAGGAAGCUUUGAAAGAGAGUGUCUCCAACCUCAGAUCGGCCAUACUUCUUGGUCGAACAGACAUCAUUCGAAGCAUUCUCUCGACAGCUGCGGAAUACAGGGAAGAAGAUGGCCUAUUUGGUGAUGAUGAGGAAGAAGAGGCUCAGCUAGGUGUUCCGAAGCAGUUUUAUUAUGAUGAGUAUGACGAUCCUUAUGAUAUUCUGAAAAUGAUGAUGAACUAUGUCGAUAAUGAUGCGGGCACAUGUCUUCAUCUUGCAACCAAGCUUGGUUAUACAGAUGCAGUACGUGCUCUGUUAGCAGCCGGAUCUGAUCCAACCAUUCCUAAUAGUGAAGGAGCCACAGCGUUUGAUUACUGUACAGAGAAGGCAAUCCUAGGAGUUUAUAAUGAGGAACUACUGCAAGCUGCUGCUAACUCAAAUGUACCCAGGGUGCGUAAGUUGUUGAAGGCAGGAGUCAGUGUGAAUGCUGGUGAUGGCGCAGCGAGUGAUAACAAAGCACUUCAUUGGGCUGCUAGCUAUGGGAAUGCUGACAUUGUUAAGCUUCUUUGUGGUAAGGCGAAGGGGGCGGACGAGGUUUUCAUGAGCCAUCUACGUUCCGUGCACCGAUCAUGUUCGAGACACGGACGCACGCUUCAGUUCUGGGCUAACGCUCUUCAUGAUGACCCUGAACAGUUGUGGAAUCUCCCCCCUGGAGUCAUAGCCAUGGAAUAUGGCAAUACGGCUGAUCACGACUUUUUCAAAUGUUGUAAGCCAUUAGUCGAUGCUGGAGUAAGCUUCUUUGUUUGUCCAGGAACUAGUUCGUGGAACAGAGCUUGCAAAGGGAAGACAGCAAUGGACUUAGUCUGCACUGAGGAAAUGAAACAAUUACUCACUUCACCCAUCAUCAAAGAAACCAAGCCUGUUACCAAUGGAACAACCAAUCAACAAGCUAUGGAUUCAGAGUCACUUCCAACUGAGAUGAGUAUUCUAGCACUAACUCCAGCAAGCACAGCCUCUUCUCUACUGUCCACACCAUCUUCCAAGUCCCAUCUACAGAUGCUGACAGGAAUGACCCCACCUGCCAACAGUGAGCCUCUGGACCCAACAUUUCUUCAUGUAUGGCCACACCCUCAGAGGAUCACUCAGAUUAAGGGUACCAGGUUUUUCCCGACAUCUGUCCUUCCUGUUGUGUUAUUCAGGGACUUGCAAUCAGAUCAUUUUCAGGAAAUUUGUGAGAUUUGGAACACUGUGAAUGAAAGUUUUGAACAAGUUGGUUACACCCUGGAUCUGAAGGUUGUGGGAGAAGUUUCAAUCAGUCAGGCAGUGGUUUAUUCAUUAAUUAAUUUAUUUUCAUUUAGAGCUUGCAAAGGGAAGACAGCAAUGGACUUAGUCUGCACUGAGGAAAUGAAACAAUUACUCACUUCACCCAUCAUCAAAGAAACCAAGCCUGUUACCAAUGGAACAGCCAAUCAACAAGCUGUGAAUUCAGAGUCACUUCCAACUGAGAUGAGUACUUUAGCACUAACUCCAGCAAGCACAGCCUCCUCUCUACCCUCCACACCAUCUUCCAAGUCCCAUCUACAGAUGCUGACAGGAAUGACCCCACCUGCCAACAGUGAGCCUCUGGACCCAACAUUUCUUCAUGUAUGGCCACACCCUCAGAGGAUCACUCAGAUUAAGGGUACCAGGUUUUUCCCGACAUCUGUCCUUCCUGUUGUGUUAUUCAGGGACUUGCAAUCAGAUCAUUUUCAGGAAAUUUGUGAGAUUUGGAACACUGUGAAUGAAAGUUUUGAACAAGUUGGUUACACCCUGGAUCUGAAGGUUGUGGGAGAAGCAUCUGUGAAGAGAGGAAGUGUUGCCAGCAGUAUCGAAUGUCAUGUGUGUCCACACUCAUUUAACAAGUCAGAGAGUUAUAGAAUCAACAUUUCAACUAUAAAGGUUGUUUUAACUGCCAGUGACCUGCCAGGCAUGUGGUAUGCUGUAAACACUUUGCUUCAGAUCUUUCGACUUUUCCAUGGCAAGGGAAUACCACAGAUACAGAUAAAUGACUGGCCAGACUUAAAGUUCAGAGGAGUAUUAUGGGAUGUGUCAUCAGGUCGCAUUCCGACCCUGGAAACGGUGUUUGCCCUCAUUGACGUUCUAUCUGCCAUGAAAAUCAACCAGCUACAAUUGUACAUGCAAAACACAUUCUCCUUCACUGGACACGAGACAGUUUGGCGGAAUGCCACUCCCUACAGUGCAAGUGAUAUCAUCAAGAUAGACAGUUAUUGUAGAAGAAGAUACAUUGAGCUUGUGCCUCAUAUUGAAAGCUUGUCUGACUUCAGUCAAUGGUUGAAGUUUAAGUCGUAUAAACACUUAGCUGAAGAAGAAGUUGAAUUUGAUCCACGUCAGGAAAGAGUUUCAUCCUGUCUCUGCCCAACAAACGAAGAAAGCAUCAAUCUGGUUCUAGGCCUUCAUGCACAAGCGUUUCCCUGUUUUUCAUCCGCAAGGUUUGUUCACGCUGGCUUGGACAUGGCGCCAGAAUUUGGAAAAGGGAAAUCACACGUCUUAACACAAGCGAAGGGGGCGGACGAGGUUUUCAUGAGCCAUCUACGUUCCGUGCACCGAUCAUGUUCGAGACACGGACGCACGCUUCAGUUCUGGGCUAACGCUCUUCAUGAUGACCCUGAACAGUUGUGGAAUCUCCCCCCUGGAGUCAUAGCCAUGGAAUAUGGCAAUACGGUAUUCCUUCUCUUUCGCUGUGAUAGCCAUAGUUUACGGUGUUUUCAAUCUCUUUUUUGUUACUGAAAAGAGAAGCGACAGGUCGACGAGACACUGUUGGCCUAUAAAUUUGCUGUCAGUCAUGGUUGCUAGAUAACAGAACAUUGUCAAUAGACAAACAUCAAUAACCGCGCUCAGAUUUUAGUUUAGUGGACUGCUGUCGUAAUUUUGAUUCGUUCUGUCAGUUUGAAAAACCAUAGUUAAUAGAGGGAAAUGGUUAUGAAACCUG